GGAGUAUGAUGCUUUGGUUACUUCUCUCACAACCCGAGCUAAACCCCUAACUCCUCAACAGAUUUACAACUUCCUUCUAAAUCAUGAAUCUCGGCUUCAACAUCACACCAAAAGACACUCGUAUCCAUGGGUGCGUCCAAGUCUACGGAAAGCUCCCAGAAAACCAUCAAAGACCAAACAUUAUCAGGUCUUGGAAACCUACUAAGGCUCCUCCCGACGAGGACAGUCUUCAUGUACCAGUUCCUCAGCCCUGCCUUAUCCAACUAUGGCAACUGCGACCCCUUCAACUACAAGUUCCUUACCUCCAUCCUCGUUGGUCUAUGCGGUCUGGCUUGCUUCUUUUCUACUUUCAUCGAGAGUUAUGUCGGAGAUGACAAGAAAACCCACUAUGGGAUCGCAACGUUGAAGGGUCUUUGGCCCUUGCCAGAGUCCAAGAACGUCAACUUGUUGGCCUAUAAGUUUCGGUUUGCCGACUUCGUUCAUGCCUUCUUUACGGUGUGUGUGUUUGGAGUCGUCGUGCUUUUGGAUCAAAAUACUGUGGAGUGCUUCUAUCCGGUGUCGGCUUCCACUCAGAAAACUUUGCUCAAGGUGUUGCCUCCUGUUGUUGGUGAGGCGUCGAGUGUGGUUUUCAUGGCUUUUCCUAACAAGCGCCAUGGAAUCAGAUACCCUAAAAGUAGUACUGAUUCUUCGAAUUAG